UUAAAUGUUACUCUAGGACUUAAAACCCCCAUCGUCGCUGCCUCAAUGGCGGGUGCGAGUGGUGGCGCCCUCGCCGCUCAAGUUACUCUGGCGGGAGGCUUCGGCUUCCUUGCAGCGGGAUACGAUUCCCCUGAAAAGCUCCAGUCCGAGAUAGAUAUAGCUCGAUCCCUUCUUAAGCUUCAGCCUCACGCCCUCCUUCCCGUAGGCGUGGGCUUUCUGGCGUGGCAAUUGGAGUCACCAGGAGCUCCGGCAACGCAGCUUCUGUCUGUGGCUUUGGAUAAUAAUGUUCGUGCCAUCUGGUUAGCUUUUGGGAACAACAUAAAACACUGGGUGGAUUACAUCCACGAACAUAAUAACAAGCGGGGCCAUACGGAUCGCGUCUUAAUUUUUUGUCCUGUCUCCUCCGUGGAGCAGGCAUCCGUAGCGGUCAAUGAAUGGUGUGCCGACGUUAUCAUUGUGCAAGGUGUCGAGGCUGGAGGGCAUGGGGCGUCUCAAGGCCUUCCACUUCUAACCCUUCUACCUCUAGUCACUGCUGCCAUCGGACCAAACGGACCACCCAUUUUAGGUGCUGGGGGACUAGUCAAUGGAGCGCACGCGGCAGCACUUCUCACUUUAGGAGCUUCUGGAGUUGUUCUCGGAACCCGCCUUUUGCUUUCUCCUGAAAGUCUCUAUACCGAUGCCCAGAGACGUGCUCUUAUCGAGGCUGAUUCCUCCCUAUCGGUCCGAACGAUGGCUUUUGAUUACGCUCGAAAUACGCUAGGUUGGCCACAGGGGGUCGACGGAAGGGGUUUGCGAAACGCUACCGUCGAAGAUUAUGAGAGAGGGGAAGACAUUCAAGUUCUAAGGAGCAAACUCAAGGAAGCGAGUCUCAAGGACGACACCUCCCGCAUCGUUGUCUGGGCAGGCGCCAGCGUUGGCUUAGUAAACAAGAUCAUGCCAGCAAGGGAAAUUGUCGAAGAGAUUCACAAGGAUUGCGUAAAAUAUCUCCGGUCGUCCGCCCUUCUUGUCUCUAGUGCCUAAGGGUCAACACUUUGUUAACAUCGGCUGCUAGAAGCCCUCUUCGUUGUUCUCCGUUCAUCAAGACCCUUUUUUCUACAAUAUUUCGAAAGGCAUCCAGCUUGGCAGAUCCCAGCGGCAAAGGCCAGACAGGCGCACGUUGGUCAAUGUAAAUAUGUAACAGAGCCUAAACUGACCUGUCUUCACAAAAAGAAAAACUCUAUGUGCUUCCC